AUGAGUGACGACGCUAGUAAUGAUGUUGGUGUUGGCGAUGACCAUGACGAUGACGACGACAGUGACGAUAUCGAUAAGCCGAACGAGGAGGAGCCGGAGGAGGUGAACGACUCUGACGGCGUCGACGCCGACGAGGACGACGACGACGGCGGCGCCGACGACAAGAUGGCGAAGCUGUGCGACGAGGACGCGGAGGUUCUCGCGAGGCUCAAGCGGCAGGAGCGUGAAGAGCGCGAGGAGAUCGAGCGCGAGCUGCGCGAUCACAACGACGCGCUGCGCGCCGCGCAGGAACAGCAGCGACGCGCCGAGAUGCUCCACGCCAACCGUCACCUCAUGCACGCCGCCGCCGCCAGCGCGGUAGGUGGCGCCGUCGAGCGCCCGCUGCCGCUCUCCGCGUCGACGCCGCCGCCCGUCGCCGCGGCGGCGCCCCCUAGCUCAGGCCACUUUGCGACCCACAACACUACCUCUCCGAAUUCCUCUGCGGGGUCGCACGAGGGUGGCGGCGCAGAGACGUGGUCCUUCCGAGAACAAUUCAAACAG